AUGCUCGGUAUUCGUCCUACUCUUAGAGCGAGGCGUUCCCUGUUGGAUCUUAUCCGCACCAGAGGCGAAGACGACGAAGACGACAACAGUAGCCAUCGAGAGCAAGGGAGCGACGACCAAAGCCCCGUAAGCAGGUCCCGGUCCCCGACCAGCUCCAGGGGCUCCAGUGGUGGCCGUUUCAGCGAAAGCUUCAGUGAUCCAGCCCCCGCGCCGCCCGCUAAUGUUGCUGCUGCUGCUGAUGAUGACCCCACUCCCGAAGCUGCUGCAUCGUCAUCAUAUCGACUCCACCCUGGAGCUGCUGGUUCUGCUGCUCCUUUAGCGUUGGUGCAUGUGGAUGUAGCUCGUCAAGUGCCUCUGCCAAACUCUCCACCACCACCUCUGUCUACGUCUGCGUCUCCGUCUCUGUCUCCAUCAUCAACACCUCAACCUCCAUCUCGACCGCCACCUUCGUCGACCUUCUCCCCCGGUUCGACAUCGCAUUCUAUACGGCCACAGUCGCCGAAUUUAUCUAUCUCACCUAAUAAUCAAUCCGAUAACGCGCCAGUUUCGCCGCCCAACAUGGCUCCUAAGAAGGCUGCCAACAACAGCAGCAAGUCCAACGAGGACGAUGGAUACACAGCUGGUAAAAUCUACUCCAUCUCCGGUCCUGUCGUCAUUGCUGAGGACAUGAUUGGUGUUGCCAUGUACGAGUUGGUCAGAGUAGGACACGACAACCUCGUUGGUGAGGUUAUCCGAAUCAAUGGCGACCAGGCCUCUAUUCAGGUUUACGAGGAGACAUCCGGCGUCAUGGUCGGUGACCCCGUCUACCGAACCGGAAAGCCCUUGUCCGUCGAGCUCGGUCCCGGUCUGCUCAACGGUAUCUACGAUGGUAUUCAGCGUCCCCUCGAGGCCAUUUCCAAGAUGGCCAAAUCCAUUUACAUUCCCCGCGGUAUCGCCGUUCCUGCCCUCGACCGUGAAAAGAAGUGGGAGUUCACACCUUCCGUCAAGGUCGGCGACCACCUCUCUGGUGGUGAUGUUUGGGGUUCCGUCUUUGAGAACUCUUUCCUUGCCAACCACAAGAUUCUGUUCCCUCCUCGCGCCCGAGGAACCGUUACCAAGAUCGCCUCAAAGGGCGAGUACACCGUUGUCGAUAACAUCCUCGAGGUCGAGUUCGAUGGCAAGAAGACCGAGUACCCCAUGAUGCAGUCCUGGCCUGUUCGAGUGCCCCGUCCUUCCAACGACAAGAAGUCUGCCGAUCAGCCCUUCAUUGUCGGCCAGCGAGUCCUCGACGCCCUUUUUCCCAGUGUUCAGGGUGGUACCGUCGCCAUCCCCGGUGCUUUCGGUUGUGGAAAGACUGUCAUUAGUCAGUCUGUGUCCAAGUUCUCCAACAGUGACGUUAUUGUCUACGUUGGCUGUGGUGAGCGAGGUAACGAGAUGGCUGAAGUAUUGAAGGAUUUCCCCGAGCUCACCAUCGAGGUCGAUGGCCGCAAGGAGCCCAUCAUGAAGCGAACCACGCUUAUUGCCAACACUUCCAACAUGCCCGUCGCAGCCCGAGAAGCUUCCAUUUACACGGGAAUUACGGUGGCUGAGUAUUUCCGCGACCAGGGUCUCAACGUCGCCAUGAUGGCUGAUUCUUCUUCCCGAUGGGCUGAGGCUCUUCGAGAACUCUCAGGUCGUCUGGGAGAAAUGCCUGCUGAUCAGGGUUUCCCCGCUUACCUGGGUGCCAAGCUUGCCUCGUUCUACGAGCGAGCCGGUCGUGUCCAGACCCUUGGUUCUCCUGAGCGCGAGGGUAGUGUCAGUAUCGUCGGUGCCGUCAGUCCCCCUGGUGGUGAUUUCUCCGAUCCUGUCACGACAGCUACUUUGGGUAUUGUGCAGGUCUUCUGGGGUCUCGACAAGAAGCUUGCUCAGCGAAAGCAUUUCCCUUCCAUCAACACCUCUGCCUCUUACAGCAAGUACAACAACAUUUUGGACAAGUACUAUGAGAAGAACUACCCUGAUUUCCCCCGACUCCGCGACCGUAUCAAGCAACUCCUUUCCGACUCUGAGGAGCUCGACCAGGUCGUGCAGCUUGUCGGAAAGAGUGCUUUGUCUGAUCCCGACAAAAUUACUCUCGACAUUGCUGGCCUGAUCAAGGAGGAUUUCCUCCAGCAGAACGGUUACUCAGACUAUGACCAGUUCUGUCCCAUCUGGAAGACCGAGUGGAUGAUGAAGCUUAUGGUCGGCUUCCACGAUGAGGCUCAGAAGGUUAUUGCGCAGGGCCAGAGCUGGGCCAAGGUGCGAGAGGCUACAUCUGAGCUACAGGCCAACCUACGACAGCUUAAGUUCGAGGUGCCUACCGACGGCCAGGAAGCUAUCACCAAGAGAUACGAGGAGAUCCAACAGAAGAUGACAGACAAGUUCGCUGCUGUCAUGGACGAGUAA